AAGAAAGCUGCUCUUCAGCAAGAGUCCUUUUUACUUUUGCUCAGACUCUACUCUUGUACCCUGUUCUGCUGGACAGACAUGGAAAAGCUCAUACACGUCACCUUCUUGGUUUUCUUGUCAGCAGCCUGUGCUGCAGAGAACAUCACUGUGGUAUAUGGAAUGGAAGGUGGGACCAUUUCUAUCAACUGCACCUAUAACCCCUGGCAGGAGCGGUGGAGAGAAAAGAGCUGGUGCAAGCAGGUUGAUGAGAUCAAGUGCCAACAUGUGGUGAGUGCUCGCCGCUUCUGGCUGCAGUUCCUGAAGAACAGGAAUGGCACCACUUCCAUCAGUGACAAUGUCCACGAAGGGGUCCUGACGGUGACCAUGAAGAGGCUCAAGAAGCAGGAUGCUGGGCUCUACCACUGCAAAACUGACUAUCUGGGAGAAACAAAGACUUUACAGAAGGUGCAAGUAGAAGUGUUGACAGUAUCAGGUACAGUGCAGACUGAAAUGCCACAGGAGCCUAGUGCUGUGCAGAGCAUCUCCAGCACCACUCCUGCGGCUGAUGUCACUGUCUUCUACACUGUUACUACAAUGCUGGUUACUAAGUUCCUGGUGGCUGUGCUGAUCUUUACUGUUGCCAGCAGUAGGAAAAACAGACACAAACACAGAGGAGAAGAACCAGAGCUUCAAUGAACAGCGGCUCCUCCCUUCCCUGGUAGCCUGUCUGAGCACGCAUGGGAUGGAAUCAGACCCUCCUGGGAAAACACUGCUUAGAGCCAACUCAAAGAUAACAGGGAAUCACAUAGCAAAGAAAGUCAAACAUUCACAGGCAAAGAAUGCUUUGCCACCUGCCAUAAGGAUCGCCUACUAAACAUAGGUAGCAAUGAACUCUACAGAGGGAAUGCCAGCAUCUGCCACCUUUUCUCAUUGCUUCUGAUCAACAUUUUUUUCAACACAACAGAGCUGAAAAGUUGCUGCCAGUAACACCUGAGCCUGAUGGAAGAGGACAGGGCUGGGAGCUAGGGGGAGAGGGUAUAUCAAGUACUUUCAUGAAGAGAGCCAGCACAGACUUGCCUGCAUGCAGAAACAGUUCUGCAGGAACUGGAAAGGUGAGAGAGCUCUGCUCAGUUCUCCCCUAGCUCCAUGCCAGGCAGAUAAACCUUUGCUGCUCUGCAUGGCUACUGGCAAAUGCUUUGUUACAUGUUAUUAGUUAUAGACUACAGACACAUCAGUGAAUAUAAAGGGAAGUUCGACUGAUGGUGCUCCACCACCAUAUGUUUUUUGGGAGCAAUUCACAAGCUCUGUAAACUCCUCAUCCAUAAGACGUAAAAAAGGAAAAACCUUACUGUGCCUCAAAUCUCCAAGGAAUUUUCCUAAUUCACUGAAGACUAGUGUUAAAGAGCUAAUAGCUUUUUCAGCAUGUCUUACCUAUCUCUAUAAAACCCUUGAAUGUUUCUACUCAAAAGCAUGAAAUAUAGCCAGUAGUGGAUGGUUUGUAUUAAAAACUAAUGUUACUAUUUGUCUAGAAAUCAGCUUUGUAACUGAGAUUCCUCUCUCUAAAGACUGAAGCCACUGCCAUAGUGAUGGCAAUGCAAUUCUCUCUUACUAUCUGUAGAGGGGCCAGUAAGUGUACCAUACCACAGGCAGAGUAAUUCCAGCUAGUCAUCCCUAGUAUCAUUCCAGUAGGGUCUGAAUUGAGACCCAUCAAGUUCAUGUCAUCUCAGAGUCUUCAAGGCGAUAAAAGGACUCACUCCCAAAGAUUACCUUGGACAGUGUGGCUCUUUGCUGGACAGUCAUAUGAAGUUUGACCCUGUUUGAGCAGGGGGUUGGAAUAGAUGAUCUCCAGAGCUCAUCUCCAACUUCAAGCAUUCUGGGAUUCUGUGAAGGGCAUAAUGAACCGCAAAACAUAACAAAAUGGGAUGUGAAGUCUACACUCAGCUCUGAGUCUACUUCCUAAUUUCUCAAACGAUUUUGCAAAGAAAGAACUGUCCUGCUGUAUUUCUCCCUGUACUUUUUCCACUUGCUUAGGGGGAUGUUACCAACAUGUGAUCAUUGCUCAUCACUCCCAAAAGAGAAACUGCAUUUCAAUUGACCAGGAGGAGAUCUCAUUACUAGUGCUGAACUUCACCAAAAAAUAAAAAAUCAACAAGCAUUCAGCUAAGCCCACUUUUCUACUCCAAACCCAGGGCCAUUCACCCCUCUUUUCCCUAC